AUUUUUGUGAUUCGAAUAUAGCAAUGUCGGUUGAGGGUAGUAUGUCCGAGAACCACGAUAGGGAGAGGAGCAAGAACUACGAACUGAAUGUGAGCCACGGCGACCCUGGUAAUUGUCUAAAGGGCACUGCGUUUGUCAACUCCUUGACGGACGCCGGUGCUUACAAGAGUGUUGGAGGAAACGUGGGUAUGGAAAAGUCGGGUUUCGGAGGUCAACUCGGCGCGGUGCAUUCUGCCAAAGUCGAUCAGAUGUCCGCAGCCGCCAAGAUGAACGUGAUCCAUACUGACAACCAUAAAAUGGACGUCCACGCCUUCGCGACGAAGACCAUGCCCCACAACCAACCCAGCUUCGUAACCCAUGGCGGCGGCGUCGACUAUAUGUACAAGAACGCAGUUGGUGCCAGCGCCUCGGUGGCGCAUACGCCGAUGUUCAAGCACACGGAACAGAACGUCGGCGCCAAGUUUAACCUGCACCAGACUCCUAGCUCCGCCGUGAGCCUGAAUCUUGGGGCGACCAGGUCCAUGAACCCCCAUAGCAGCGGGGGGUUCAAGCCCAAUAUGCUUUUCAAUGUGCAGAAGAAAUUUUAACCCACAUUCAAAAGCUAG